CAUCUCUCCACAGAGUCUCUCUUACUUUAGUUUCUUUUUUUAUCGUAAGACUUGCAUCAUCGUCAGUCACUCACCUCUCUUCGAUAUUCUUUUUUUUUUAAUUGAAAAAAAAAAGAAAUUUAGAAAGGACGGCUAUUUUAUUAAAAUUUUUGGUGCGAUUAGUGAUUUCAGUGUGCAAAUCAGUUUGAUUUUUAUUCCGUAACAAGUUGGUGGCGUGAGAGCCAUUUUGUUUGAUUGUUAUAUGCCGCUGCUUCCCGCCAACGUCCACGACAUCAACAUGCAGCAGCCGAUUGAUCGCAAAGUUGAUUUCACGGCAGCCAACAUGGGGCUUCCCCUUCACGCUCACGCUCGAGGUUGGAUGCCUGCCGCUAUGGUCGACCAAAGCUCAUUGGGAGUAGGUCGAGCCCAUUUCGAGAAGCAGCCGCCUAGCAACUUGCGUAAAUCGAAUUUCUUCCACUUUGUCAUCGCCCUCUACGAUCGUUCGGGACAACCGGUCGAGAUUGAACGAUCAGCAUUCGUCGGGUUCAUCGAAAAAGAUCAGGAACCCGAUGGCCAGAAGACCAAUAAUGGCAUUCAUUACCGACUUCAGCUUCUCUACGCCGGCGGUUAUCGACAGGAACAAGAUAUUUACGUCCGGUUGAUCGACUCUGUUUCCAAACAGGCCAUUGUCUACGAGGGACAGGAUAAAAAUCCGGAAAUGUGUCGAGUGCUGCUCACUCACGAAGUUAUGUGCAGUCGUUGCUGUGACAAAAAGAGUUGUGGCAAUCGCAAUGAAACGCCGUCGGAUCCGGUCAUCAUUGAUAGGUUUUUCCUCAAGUUUUUCCUGAAAUGCAAUCAGAACUGUUUGAAGAAUGCAGGAAACCCCAGAGACAUGCGUCGCUUUCAGGUUGUCGUGGCUUCGCAGGUCAGCGUUGAUGGCCCUUUGUUGGCCGUUUCGGAUAAUAUGUUUGUUCACAACAAUUCCAAGCACGGACGUCGCGCUAAGCGUUUGGAGCCGACUGAUGGUGUGUAUCCCUCAUUGCCGGCCACCCCUUGCAUCAAGGCGAUAAGCCCAAGCGAGGGAUGGACUUCGGGUGGCGCUACGGUCAUUAUCGUGGGUGACAACUUCUUUGAUGGCCUGCAGGUUGUCUUUGGCACGAUGCUGGUCUGGAGUGAGUUGGUGACGUCGCAUGCCAUCCGCGUUCAGACUCCACCAAGACACAUUCCGGGUGUAGUCGAGGUGACCCUUUCGUACAAAUCUAAGCAGUUCUGCAAGGGAGCACCGGGCAGAUUCGUCUAUGUUUCGCUGACUGAGCCAACAAUCGACUAUGGAUUCCAACGUCUUGGAAAGUUGGUUCCCAGACAUCCAGGAGAUCCGGAAAAGUUGCCCAAGGAAAUAAUUUUGAAACGAGCAGCUGAUUUGGCUGAGGCGCUUUAUGGUAUGCCUCGCAGCAACGGUUUGAAUCAGCUGGGCCUGCAACAGAAUGGCUCUGUUUCAUCUGUUGCAAUGACGCCCUUCAACUCGUACACGUCGCAGUUGGGCGUCUCUGUUCCAGGCGAUUCUGGCAAUUCGCAAGGCUGGCCCGAAAGUGGUGGUGGAUUUUAUUUUUGACCUGAUUAAUACCAAGUCAACACACGUCAUUGGCAGCCACAUCAAAAAAAGAAAAAUUUGGAACGAAGAUGAAAGCAAAUAUUGACGGAUUUUUGAAUUUAAAAAAUAUAUUUUGUGCCAAAGAAGCCACGUCGAUGGUAUCGAAUUGACACUGUGUGAAAGGGAAUUUCUUGCAGGAUCGUAAUUUUUUAUUUUUUCGAACUACUAAAGAGAAACGCUAAAUUUUAAGGAUGAAAUGGGUUUUUUAUUCGUUAUUUUUACUUGUCAGCCGUGUGAGCGUGAUCUGUAAUACCAUGACGAUCUCUGUUAUCAAUGUCGACUUUCGUUUUCUUUGUUUGUCCGCUCUUUAAUGGGAAAAAAGAGCUAACAGUUGUCUUUUUAAAAAAAAAUUCAUUUUUUUAAGCACCUAAAGUAACCAUAUCUUCCUUUCAUUUUUGAAAUUGUAUAACAAGUUUUUCAUUUUCUUCAAAGGGCCGGGCUUAGGUUCCUCGUGUAUUCACUUUCUGAUUUCCCGAAUGUGAAGGGAGAUGAAGAAAGAUUCGUAUACUAAGUAUUGAUGCAAUAUUCUUUUUGUCCCCUUCCCCCCUCUUUUUUGUAAACAAAAUAACAAAAAAAAAAUUGUUUCCCUAUUUUUUUUCUGAAAAGUCUUAUAAAUCUGAUGUAGCGACCGUUUAUCCUAAUCGUUUUCAUAGUUCUUUUUUUUUUUUGGUGGGGAGAUGUGUUAUGUAUUGUGUAAUUAAUCAAAGGUAAACAGAAUGUCGCAUGUGUGUGAAUUGAGGGUGGAGUGAUUGAAUUGCUGUGUAUGUACUACCACCCUCAUAACAAACAAAAACCUAAAACCAUCAACUCGCUGUUUCUACAAAAAGUGAGCUGAUUCGGACGAAAAAAUCUUCUAAUCGACUUAUAAUCCCCUCCUUUGUCAUUACAAAACAAAGAAUUUUUUUUUUAAAGAUAAAUCAACAAAGGUAUCUUUUAACUGUCCUCGUGUUAUGUGAAUGGGUUCAUUUUGUUUGUCUGCUCCCAUGUAAAAAAAAAAAUGUCAUUUUCAAACUUCUUAUUUUUUCCCCCUUAAAAUUAUUAGUAACAACAACUAAACAAAUGUGAAAAACUUGUGUGUGUACAUAUUGAAAAACAU